GACGUGGUCAUCGACGACGAGGGAACAUACACCUGUGCGGUUAGUGUUGUUGAUUCUCUCCAGAAAUCGUCAAGCUCUUCUCUAGAAGUGAUUGCAGCUCCACGAGAGCUUCUCCUUCAAGGUCAAGCAGCAAACAAACCCGUCGUCAUCCACCAGAACGCCGUGACGCUCAAACCCGGUGUCGACAUCGAGUUCGAAUGCCAGGCCGUCAGAUCCAGACCGGCUGUGACAAUCAAAUGGUACUACGCUGGUGCUCUCGUUGAGCCUUUGUCGAGCCCGUCACCGAGUUCGGACGACGUUGGAUUCCAGAACACGACGUCGUCAUUCGCCAUCGCUCGUCCUAGUUGGGCGGAUCACGACAAAUUAGUGGUAUGUCAAGCCGUGAUGGACGGGGGAGUAGUUCGCAAUACAAGUAUUAUCAUUAACGUUGAAGAACCUCCCAUUAAGCCAGUUGCCAUCCUUGGACUUGCUGACUGUCUGACGUCAUCGACACGUCAUGAACCGUAUUGUAUCGCUAGAGGCAGCUUCCCUUCCUCCGAGAUCACGUGGUCUCUCGAUGAGGAAAACGUGACCGACAACGCCGAGGCGACGACAACGAAUAUGGCGUCGGGAUACGUGAUGGUCAUCAGCGAGUUGAAUUACGUAACCAGAAGAGAGGAUUAUGGGAAGAUAUUGCGAUGCAGAAUUAGUCACGUGGCACUGGGGGAGGAUUUCGUUGCAGAGAAAGCUAUCUGUUUGAUUGACACUGAAAUGAAUUUGUCAUCGGUGGAGGGGGAUCUUUCUGGCUCUCUCGUUCUUGAAGUAAGCGGCAUACCACAUUCGGCCUCGUGUUCUCUCAGAGCAUGUGACAUUGCACAAUAUAACAGCACCACGAGGGAUGAAUGCCCAGAAAGAUAUCUCGGUGACACGUACAGCGACUUAGCCGACCACGUAUAUGAAUUCAUUGAUCUCGUAGCUUCGACCACCUACGAAGUAUCGCUUCGUUGCGUUCAUAGGUUGUGCGGUGAGAGCACGACCGAGACACGAGCUACCGUCCCGAGUCCUCCGGAUCGCGGCGGCAAAAAUAUUGACUCCGAAAAUGUACACUUCGAAAAUAUGAACUCCGAAUUCAAUGCUGAGUCGAAUUCGUCAACUGCAACUUCAGAGGAAUUGACGACGAGCCGCCAAACGACAGAAUAUGAAAGAGAGACUACGGCUGAGCCUACAUGCACACCAUGUCCAUGUUCACUGUCUGGUCUGAGUUCUGGAGCAUCUGCUGGAAUAGCUAUCUUAGGCAUCCUUCUAGUAGCUUCUCUCAUCAUCUACAUCGUACAGUUCACACUCUUAAGGAGAAGGACUAAGCCAGAGUUCGAUGGGUCAAAGAUGAAUGAAAAAAGAGAUGAAGUAAAUACACCAAAGGAGGUGAACGACAACGAGGCUUAUGAGAUGAUUCAAAGUGGAGAUAGAGCAUACACAACAUUACAACUCGAUUCAUCCCACUCUUUCAUCAUUGCCCGUGAAAACGUGACAUUCUUCACCAUACUCGGUUCGAUUGGACGGGGCGAUUUCGGCGAGGUAUGGAAAGGAGACCUCCGCUCAAACCAACACCAUCUCGAUGUCGCUAUCAGGCAAAUACCAGAUCGCGUGAUAAAAUCGUUACAAGUACUUGAAUCAAUCAAGGCACUUUACAAGCUAUCGGAUCAACCGAAUAUUGUCAAAUGUCUCGGAUAUUGUAAAGAGCAAGGCAGUAUUCUGUAUGAGUUCAUCUCAGGGGGUACACUCCUUACCUAUCUACAGACUUCAGGGGUGCAAUCUCAACCUACGUACAGUAAUCUCGAACCAAACGGUGUUCGUAUUGAUGAGGGUACCCUACUUAACUUGGCUUGGCAGGUUGCUAAAGGAAUGCAGUUCCUUGCAUCUAAGAAGAUCAUCCAUGGAGCUCUCUGCGCUCACAAUGUGUUGCUAGGAGAAAGAAAGCAAUGUAAGAUAUCAGACUAUGGACUUUCUUCAUCGCUCUUUGGUGACUUAGCUAAACCAACCAGAUGGAGUUCACCAGAAACCAUGGCAACGAAUGACCAAACUAAAGAAGGAGACAUCUGGUCUUUUGGUAUUGUCUUGUGGGAAAUAAUGACACUGGGUGCAAGGCCAUACCCUAAAAUGACCUUUACCACUGUCCAGACGGAGGUUGCCAAGGGUUACCAGAUGAAACGCCCCCAUCACUGUGCACAAGAAGUGUAUGCGAUUAUGAGUAGUUGCUGGAAGAAGGACCCUACAUCUAGGACCAACUUUGACCGAAUCCUAAAAGAUUUGGAAAGGAUUCUAGAAAAGACUCAUAGUUACCUGUCACUUAAUGACUUGGAUGAACGUGUGUAUGCAUCUACUCUGGACUUGUAAAUUACAGAGCAUCUUUUAAUAAGGCGUCAAGAUAUGCUUAAUAUGCGUCUUAUAUGAAGGUAAACGCGUGUCUUAUCCGAGGUAAAUUCAUACAAGUUCAAAUCUUGGUUUGAUUUAAUUUCACUUAUUUAAUUAGAUUUAUUUUCCUAAUAUUACAUAUUUAGUAUAAUUAUUGGCGUGAUAGAAACCAAUGAGCUGGAAAAUUUCAUAGUCAUAUCUGCGAAUGUUUAAGAGGUUGUAUUAUGCAAUAUGAAUAAGCGGAAUAAUAUAAUUACUAUGCAAGGAACCCAAACUUAACAUUGUAAUCACAUUGGUAGUAAAGAUUGAUGUUAUUAGAGGGUACUCCUGAAAAUAUGGGCUUGUAAAUACUCUUGGAUUUUAUCAAAACAAAAUACAUUUAUGCAAUAUCAGUAUUAACCCUAAAAGGACUGGGGGCAUGAUGCAUGAUGGUCAACCACCCCCCUCAAUGUUUUGUGCGCUAUUACCCAAACGCAAACAGAUAGCGCCGCAAAGUCUUCUGACUUUUAUUAUAUUUGAAGCCUCGCGCAACUUUUGAGACCAAAUUCGCGACAUAUGGGUUUAGCAUCGUCACGCCACAUCAUUUUUUUUACGAGACAAUGUCAUGCUCAUUCUUAUAUUGUGUGUACAAAGUCUAUGGGAGGUGAAAUUAAUAAAACGGUGAUUAUUUAUCGUUCUAAAUGGUCUGCUUAAUUAUUUUAUGGUUUAAUUUUGUUAAAUGGUUUGUAAUAAUUUCGAUUGAAAAAAAACAAAAGACGGAAAAACAAAAAAUACAUGAGAAAUUCUUCAAACAAAGAAAUGCAUAAGGAAAAAAUAGGCUUUCGCAUUUUUUUUUUAAAACCUGUGUAUUAUAUUACAAAGAUGACAUGUGAAAAAAAAAGUUUGAAGUGAAAUUGGGUGCUAAAUAUGGCAAUAAUGUUUUUUCAUGAAUAGAUUUGCAUAUUUUAUUCAUAAUGAAUAAUCAUUUUCAGAAUUUCUUUAAUUGGCUUGUAGUUUUUGUGGUAAAGACCGUGCAUGCCAAAUUUCGGCGUAAUCGCGGCAAUGGCGGCCGAAAUCAGAAGGGGGCCAUCAUGCCCCCCCUGUCCUCAAUCUUUCUCAAAUAGCCCAGUCCUUUUAGGGUUAAUGAUAUUACAAAGUAGAUAAUCUUAAGUUUUUAGUAAUAGUUGUUAGUUUUAGUUUUAAAUUCUUAGGUUUCAUAGUAAACAAAUAUCUAAAUUACUUAUAUUCCUACAUCUUCUAAGUGAGUAUCAAAACGUGUUGGUGUUUAAUCGGACUGAAUAAUAUUUUGCCGCAUUUUGUACUCAAAUUGAUUUAUAAUACUACAUCUAAGUUAUUGCAAUUAUAUAUGGGCUAAUACUUAUAAAUCUCAUCUUAAACACAUGUGUGUAGGCCCAACUCCGGGAAAAAACAGUCAGAAUUAUAACCAAAUCAAAUUAUUACUUACCAGGUGCUUCUCGUUUUCUAUCACAAAGCAUUGUUACAAUAACAUUAGAUGACUUAGUACCUAAAUACUUCAAUUGUUAUGCUCUUCAUCUAUUUGAAAGUGUAAUCUGAUUUAUUUGUAAUAAAUAUACUAUAAACAUUGUUAUAUUUGUAUGAAACUCUCACGAAACUCACCAAAAAUCUAAUUUCCGUUAAGUCAAUUAAGGUCAAAUACACAUCAUCAUUAAACUCAUUAUCUUAUACUUGUAUUAGGAAGUGGAAUUAGAGAGAUAAAAUCGUGAAAUAAAGUUCAAAUUUAAGUAUG